UGUGCACGCGUUGUGCAGUGAAUGCUUAAAACGUGCGUUUUUGUAUAUAUUUAAACUGUAAAGCAUUUAUUCAUAUUUCUUAAAAGUAUUAAAACCACACUAUGAAACUAAGCACAUAUAAUUUUUUGACUUCGAUGGCCAUCAAGGGCGUCAAGGUGGGCUAUCCCCUGAAGCUAACGAUUAAUAAAAAGGAUGUAAUUGAAAGCGAAUUCAAUCCGGUAUUUAUACAGCGGUUGCUACCUAAACUGGAUUGGUCAGCGGUUUAUAGCGCCGCACAGGUGGCGGAGCUAGCAGACGACAUACCAGCAGCGCAGCCCGACAAUGUGGCAGAGGACGAACAGCUGUUACAGCGCCUGCAUCAUCUACUCUUCGAAAUCGAUGUGCUCGAGGGACAGCUGGAAUGCCCCGAAACGGGACGCGUGUUUCCAAUAACCGAUGGAAUACCCAAUAUGCUGCUAAACGAGGAUGAAGUUUAGCUCAAUGCAA